UUUGAAACAGUAUUCAACGCUAUACGACGCAAAAGACAGCAAAGAUUUUUACUCUCAAAAAAGAGCGAGAAGAAACGUUGAUUGAAUACAAGAUGGCAUUUGAUCCAAAGAUGGAGUUCGUGUACACAUUCAAAUGUCAUGUUGCAAACUUGUAUUUGCAAGCCAAAGAAGAUGGUUCAGUUACAGCGAGUGGAAAACUUUAUGAACCAGAAAAUCCAAACAUUUACUUCUACAUCGAGAGCCAACUCGACCAUACUGGUGAGCUGUUGCAGUAUUGCUUCAAGCCAUACAAACGACCUGAUCAAUAUGUUGCAGUUGUAAAUGGACAGGUUGUUUUAAAGUCUGAAAGCGAGUGUGAACCGGAAGAGCGGUUGUUUUAUGUAAACGAAGGCAAUGUCAAUAGAGAUCAUUUGAGUUUUUACGUGAAAAUGUCUGGUGCUUCUCAUUAUCUGGGUUUCGAAGAAACAGGUGAGCUUUUUGCCACAGAAGCAGAGAUAGAAGAACAAGGCUGGAUCCAUAUGUUAGGAUAUGAGGAAAAAAAAAUCACCACUGUCACGAAAGAAGAGCUCAUGUUUGAACCCAAUUUGAUGGAUAUCAUCAUAACGGAAAUGUCUUUCUCUGAAGAAUAACACGCGAGAUUUGGAAACAAUAAACAGGGGUCAUAUAUACUAAGGAAUAUAAUAUUUAAUAUUUUUGAUAGAACGUUAAAUUAUAUACGCAUGUUUGUAUAUAUAGCUGUAUUAAGUUAAUAUGAUGUAAAUAAUAUAAGUUAAUG